CUCACCACCACCACCUACCCAUAAACAUGGUCACAGUCCACCUCCGCCUCCCCAGCCCGCUCGGCACGCAGGUCCUCGACCUCCCCGGCUCGACGGCCCUCGGAUCCCUCCUCCCGGAGGGGUGGGAGACGCAAGCGUACCUGCGGACACGCUCCUCGGGCCCCCUGUCUCCGCUCGCUCCCGUCUCGUCGCUCGCGCGCCCCACGGCCCCGUCCCACCCGAUCAGCAUCGAUGUCGUUGCGCGCCUGCACGGCGGCAAGGGCGGUUUCGGCGCCCAGCUGCGCGCGGCCGGUGGACGCAUGAGCGGCGGGAAGAGCGACAACGUCGACUCGUGCCGGGACCUCAAUGGCCGGCGUUUGGGGAGCAUCAAGGAGGCGAAGAAGCAAUCAGAGCUCGUGGAGAGCCUGCCCGUCCUCCGGGCCAAGGCGGCGGCCGAGACCAAGGCCAAGCUCGAGGCACUGGAGCGCAAGCUCGGCGUCUCGAGCGACGCGAUCGACGCCAAGGCUGAUGGGUCUGGCGCGAAGCACCUUGCCGAGGUCGACUUGGAGGAGCUCGCGCGCAAGAAGCACAAGUUUGACGACAACAAGUUCAUGGAGGAAAGCCGCGAGAUCAACGAGAAUGUCCGUUCGGCCGUCGCUGCCGCCUUGCUCAAGAAGAAGAAGAAGAAGACCGACGCCGCCAAGCAGAACAAGGACAAGGCGUCCAUGCCCCCGCCCAAGGUCGCAACGUCGGCGUAAAUGUCUGAGACUGUAUGUUGUAUGAUGAUGCACGAGUACAUAAUAGAUACAA